AUGGAGCUAACGCCGUUGCUUGAGCUUAUCGCGACAACCCACCGCGAGCCCGGCAACCAACUGUUGGACGAAUCGGUACUCCAGCAGUCGCUCGACUACCUCUCCAAACUCCCAGAAACAACCCACUUGUUCUGCGACCCUGAUGCAUACCCAGUGACGGUUCAUCUCAUGAUCCUCUACACGUUCGGUGACAGUGACGUGUUGCGCUGGUUCUCCGCCCGCACUGCACGCUGGUUGGACGUGUGCCAGCGCUGCUGCUGCAUGUUUCACCGCGGCGUCGCACAGUUGAAGGACAACUUUGUAAUGAUCCGCGGGAUCGCAGUGCCACAGGUACGUGAGUUCAUAGACAUCAUUUACGACCACCAUGCCGCGCGCUUGCUCCCGGUGUUGACCGCGGAGGCGGAGCGCGUAGCCGCAGAAGACUCCACAACCGCCACCCUCUCACCCCGCGCGGCGCUUGCGCUUGCAGACAUGCUUUCGGGUCCACACCUCUUCCGUCGCAGUGCCACACUUAAGCAGUGUUUUUCACGCCUCUUUAACCUCACCAUUGUCCAGGACGAAUUCAUCAAGCCCCAGAUACUCCUUCCCGGAACGCUCUACCUCCUAUUCGAUGGAACGCUACAGGAGCGCCUCUGGGCGCUUAACCUGCUUCAGAGCUUCCGCGCGCUGCCCGUCUCGCCCGACGACUGGGAUGUGACGCUCACCGAGGAGUAUGCACUCCACUUGUGGCGUAUCCAGGACCCUGCAUUCUACACAGAAGACCACGCAACCGCAUUCUGGAAGAAUACCACUGCAAUCGCACACGCCAUAGCUCCAGCUACGUUCGCGUACCUCAAUCGCCCGCGUGACAUUGACUGCGUCAAGCGCACGACCACAUACGAUCUCGUCCCCGUCGCCUGCGUACUCCGCAACCACAUCAUGAGCUUCUGCGGCGCGCCGUUACCGUACGCACUCCGCACGUUGACGGUAUUCUUGAGAUUACUCGACACAGGCUUCUGGCCGCUCGUCGCGCCGUCCACGUUUCUCAAUUUCCUUGACACGAUCCUUGCGAACCCCGAGUUCGCGCGUCUCGGCUUGACACUCACGGCGGACGAGGACGACAUGGUUGAACCGCGUGCAACGCUCGCCGAUCUCACCGCCUGGAUGGGUCCGCUCUUUGAGCAGUUGCCGAUUGCACAGCAACAACAGGCCGGGAUCAAGCUCGGGAUGGCUUUGUUGAAUAUGGUUCCAGUUGCAGCCGUCGCGGCCGUUCACCCCAACGCGGCGUACUUCACUGCCCACGGCCUCUACUACCUCACGCAGUGUCUCACGACAACCCACGUGCUCUACGACAAGCAACUCACCAUCGAACUCAUGACACGUGCCGAAAGUCGCAACCUCGUCGACACGCAAUGUGAGCGCAUCCUCACGGCUGCGACAGCAUCUAUGCGUGAUACGUUUGACAUGACACACGCGGACGAUCGGGUCCGCUACUACUCGGUCAAGCUCGUCGCGCUUGCGUUCCAGUACGACGUGGUGGCGUUUGCGCAGAGCCGUUAUUUCCUCCAUACCGAGGGUAUGGGCCUGACGUCGCUCGUGCGGCCGCGUCUCUGGGGGCUAGUCCUGCGCGUGCUUAGCUCACAGGAUCACUAUUUCAUCGGAGAGCUCUUAUGUGUGUUUGACAAUGUGGCUGGUGUGCUUCCGUUCGAGUUCGCGCAACAGGACACGACGAACCGCGCGAAGGCCGAUUACAACGCGCACUCCGCCCAGCUACUUGCACGCGUCGAGAAUGUCUUGGGCAAGGUCUCAUACCUUGCGCCCGCGCGCCUACGCGCGCUCUUUGCGCGCGAGCGUGUUCUCGAGGGGCUCUGGUCGUGUCUUCUCUGCGCCAACAAAGAAGUCGAUAUCUACCAGGCCGCGGUCAACAUCCUCUACGAGGCGUUUGACGUGCAAGGCCGCCGAGAGGGGACCAAGGAGCUCCUCUCGCUGAACCUUGCAGCAUGUCUUGCGGCGUUGAACGUGACGCUCAAGCGCAUCAUGUUCCUCAAGUUCUUCGAACCGUGCCCAAAAACCGUUCGCGUGCUCAUGGACGUGGUACUGGCACUCAGCGAUCCCCUUUCAGGGAUCUUUAUCGAUUUGGGCACAAUCACGCCAGAAUUGGAUGCCGCGUUACUGGACUUCUGGACAAUUUGCUGGGGCUUCUUGGACGUGAUCUACGAGGGAACGCUCAAGUGGGCGAUGCAGUACCUGAACCUUGUGGAGUUUACGCGCGACACGCUAGACUUGUCGCUUUCGGUGUUUGCAGCCUUCAAGCCGCUCCUUACGGUGCUUGCACGCGAGCCCGGAACAGCCGAAACACGCGCACGCCGCCUCUUUGCCGAUAUCAUGUCGUGUUUCCGCCACAUGCUCGUGUGGUUGCGGCUCGGUGACCUCUCUCUCCUCAGCUCAUGCGUGGAGCUCAUUUUUGCCACAGUGGAUCUUGCGUUGGAGUUGGACCUUCCGUUUGAUGACACGAUUGUGACCGCGAUCGCGCGCUACGGUGCAAAGGCCAAAAAGUUCAACAACAAGUUGAGCACGCAGCAGCGCGCCGACAUUCUCGAUCGUGCACGCAAGUUUAACGAGGGUAUUGUGGACGAGGUGGUGGCCGAGGCUGAGGGGUACCGCGAAACAAAACUGGAGAGCGCAACGCCGGUACGCGCGUCGCCUGAGCCGCGCGCCACAGGUGGGAGUCUUUACACGCCGCGCGCACCGGCCGUGCGCGCGCAGCCAAAGAUUACAAACUUUGCGACGCCCACAACCGUCCCGCCGUUCCAAUUCGCGACGAAGCCUGUCUUUAAAACCACCGCCCUUGAGGCUAUCCGGCUCGAGCGUGCGCAGGCGGCAAAAAAGCUCCAACUCAAGCCCAAGUCGCUCGCAGCGCCCGCAGCACCGCGCCCCGCGGGGUUCAACAAGAACCACGUUGAGUCGUCUGACGAGUCCGAUGCCGACGAUGUUGACACCACCGACCUCUUUGUCAAGGCACCAGCAGCUAAGCCCAAGGUCAGCGUCAUUGGCCCCGUGCCCAGCCUCCGCCGCGCACACGUGACACUCACCGAUAGCCAACGCGCAGAGAAGAACAUGCGUCUCCGACUCAACGUCGACAUGUCGCCGCUCUAUGCAAAGAUCCUUAAGUGGAACGUAGCCUCCACGGCUGAGUUUCCCGACAACACCGAGUACACGCCCGUCGGCGAAACGUUCGCGUCGGUUGCGGAGUACACGCGCACGUUCGAACCGUUGCUCCUUCUCGAGUGCUGGCAACAGAUGGUGUCCGCGAAACAGGCAGGGAGCGACGAGCCGUUCAAGCUCGUAGUGGGCAGUCGCACCACGUUGAACAACUUCUUUGACGUAUACUUGCUGGUGCGCAAGGAUGUGCUCAAGGAGAAGCGGCUCGGUGACACGGACAUGCUCGUGUUGGCGUUCGUAGAGGAGGCGCAGUUGGACAGCGCGGGGCUCCCGUCUCGCGCGACGAUGAAGACGGCGGCCGCGGCGUGCUUGGGAAAAAUCCGUGAGAUAAAACACGCGGGGGAGUACUGCGAUUUGACGAUUCGGGUGAGCAAUUCAAACCCGUUGCUCGGAUUCCUCACUCCGCGGGCGGAGCUCUUUGCCAUGAAGAUUAUGCAGAUGGUGACAGUGGAGCGUGAGUACGCGUCACUUAAAGGAUUGGCGUACUAUGACUUGGCAGACGAGGUGGUUCGCGCCACGCCGUGCGAACCCACCGUGCGUGCAGAUGUUUCCGCAAAGAAACGUGCAUACGAUGUAAACGACUCGCAGGCGGCGGCGAUUGCAGGUGCCGUUGGUGCCGAGGGGUUCUCCCUUAUUCAAGGUCCGCCCGGUACCGGGAAGACCAAGACGAUUCUUGGAAUCAUCGGGUGUGUGCUUACAGACGGUGCGAAGAAUACGAUCAAGGCAGAUUCACGUGCAGCUACGAGCUCGGGCUCUGGCCGCCGGAUCCUUGUUUGCGCUCCGAGUAACGCUGCUGUUGACGAGCUCGUACUCCGGAUCCGUGCGGGUGUGCGCGACGCAAAUGGCGCAAUGUUCUCCCCCAAGGUGGUCCGUCUUGGGCGCAGCGAUGCCAUCAACUCAGCUGUGCGCGAUCUCACGCUCGAGGAGCUUGUCGACGCAAAGAUAGCGUCCGGCAACGCAACCGUUCAAGCUGACCCCAAGAUCCGCGAGGAGCACAACAAAUGCGUUGCAGAGCGCGACCAGCUCCGCACUGCGCUCGCGCGAGGGGACCUCCUCCCGGAAGCCGCCCUGGCGGCUGAGUCGCAGCUCCGUGAGGUCAACAAGCGCCGCCACCAGCUCGGUAAGCAGCUCGAUGACCAACGCGAGCGGAUCUCUGUCUCCCACCGUAACCGCGAGAUUGCGCGCCGCCAGAUCCAGUCACAGAUCCUCCUCGGUGCGGAAGUCAUCUGCGCGACGCUUUCGGGGUCUGCUCAUGACUUUGUUGCGGCGCUCGGGAUGACGUUUGAGACGGUGGUGAUUGACGAAGCCGCACAAUGUAUUGAGCUCUCGGCGCUCAUUCCUCUCCGCUACGGGUGCAAGAAGUGCAUCAUGGUUGGUGACCCAAACCAACUCCCGCCGACGGUAUUGUCGCAGGCGGCCGCGCGCCUCCGCUACGAGCAGAGUCUUUUUGUGCGGAUGCAGACCCGCCAUCCACAGCUGGUGUACUUACUCGAUGUGCAGUACCGCAUGCAUCCAGAUAUCUCCGCAUUUCCGAGUCGCGAAUUCUACGACUCCCGACUCCUCAACGGGCCCGACAUGGCGCGCGUAACCGCGCGUGCUUGGCAUGCGUAUGCGCCGCUCGCGCCGUACCGUUUCUUUGACAUUGGUGGCGCUCACCAGCAGAACGCGCUCACAAAGAGUUUGUUCAACAUGGCUGAGGCGCGCGCCGCAUUGGACCUCUUUGCAGCGGUGGAGAGUCUCUGCGGCGAGAUGGCUGGCAAGGUUGGUGUGAUCUCGCCGUACAAGGAGCAGGUGCGACGUAUCCGCGAUGUGUUUGUGAAGCGCUACGGACAGAUGAUCCUCCAUGAGGUAGACUUUAACACAGUCGAUGGGUUCCAGGGCCAAGAGAAGGAGAUCAUUAUCAUGUCAUGUGUGCGCGGGAGCGAUGCCAAGGGCGUUGGGUUUGUUGGUGAUGUUCGCCGUAUGAAUGUUGCGCUUACGAGAGCAAAGAGCUCGAUGUGGGUGUUGGGGAAUCGAGAGUCUUUGCUGGUGAAUAAGAUGUGGCGAGAUCUUGUAGCGGAUGCAGAGGAGCGAGGAUGUGUGGAGGUUGUGGGAAAGGGUUUCUGCAAAAAGCUUGUGAAGGUUGACGAGUUACAGUCGAAGGUGAACCCACACCCGACAGGGUCAAUUGCGAAUCACUCGACAGACUCGCGCGUUCGCAAGUCGAGCCCGCCAAAGCCGGGCUCAAACGUAACUCUUGCGCCCCAUUCGGCCUCGUCCAGUUCGACGGUAUUGCAGCCACCGGUCAAGUCCGAGCUGAUUAAUAUCGUCGCGUCAGCGAACCUGACCCCGGUUGAGAAGGUGGUGAUUCCUGUCGAUCCACCGAUCCGCCGCCCAAAUAAGAGCGAGUCAGUGGAUCCGGGCGACCAGACACUGGAGGAAGAAAAGCGCUUGAAGAAGGAGCGCAAGAGGGAACGCAAGAAAAAAGAAUGGGAGGCGAAGGAAAGAGAAGAGUUAAAACCUGACGACUCAUUGAAUCAGCCAAUGACGGGUUCAUCUGCGAAUAGGCCAAAGACGAAUGCUCCUACAGGUGAUUCUACGGUUAAGUCUAUGGCUACACCUACAGGCGAGUCCAAAAAAGACAUGGCCGAUUCGGCCCCGCUCCCGCUGUCCUCCGGUGUGAUGAAGCGCAAAACUGACAAUAGCCUCCCCGAGGCGAAGCGUCCGCAGAACGAAGUUUCCCAUGCCGUGAAGACUUCGCGGGUUUUUAUGCCUAAACAGGUGCCCCGUAGCACCUCACGCUACACCCCAAAGGUGUACGAAGCGCCGAGUGCGAACGCCGAGCCUCCCUUGCUUCCUGCUCGUAGUUCUAACCGUAAACCAGAAUUAUACCCGACGCGAGUUGGCUACGAGCAGUACCGUGAGUCACGCCCUAACCAGACGAAUAACGGACAUCUGGGCCGGUAUGAGCCACAGGUGCGGUCUGGAACGCUCCCGCCGCGGGCCGGGUACCCUGUCCCUAACGUGUCCGGAGGUGUGAUGUCCAACGGUGGGUCUAGCCGCGGCGCGCAUCGGGGGCGCGGUCGCGGCCGCGGUACCAACGUGCCGAAUAUUUUCAUUAAGCGGAAGUAA